CAUUGUACAGGAUCAAGUUUUUGUUAUAUGUAGGCUCUCUCUCACACACACACACACACACGAACGCACGCAUACAUCCCAACAAAAAUUUGACCCUGUACCAUUGCAAGAGCGCGUGCGCGCACACAAUCACACACACAAGAGUAAUUCCUUUACUCCUUGCUAUGGCCAUCUGGAUGUAGGUAGACACACCAGGGGUAGCCUUGCUGAUGGCAUAUAAUCAUCCACUGCUGCUAUUGAAGCCAACAUCCCCUAACAGCCGUCCAGCAGCAUCAACGCCAGCCUUUGGUCCAGAUAAUACUUACUGGUCAUUUAAAAUUUCACGUGUUUCCACCGUCCUCUCUCUCUCUCUUUCUUUCACAUACAUAUAUAUAUCUACGUACGUGCAAGCAGUCACACCAUUCAUGGUUCGCACUACACAAAACAAAACAAAUAAAUGAAUAAAAAAAAAUUUAAAAAAGCGAGAUUUUGUGACGUCAGAAGGUAACGAAUUCAUCACCCGCUCAGGACUUCAGCCAGUGUCACUUUCCGGUCAGUCGCUCAUAAAAUAUAUAUAUAUAUAAGAGAAAGUGGCCAGUCCCGAGUGAAAAUGGCGGAUUCGGCAACAGCAAAAGUGGAAAGAGAAAAAGUUGGGCUCUUACAAGAAUUUUCUGCAGAAUUGCCGGACGAUGAAUAUACUUGCAGACUGCAUUCGAUUUUGACUAUCGAAGAUAAUAAUAUUGCUGUGAUUGAUUUCAACAACAAGCGAUUGAAAUUGUUCAAUCAGUCGGGUGGGUUUUUACACAGUGUUGAAUUUGACCACCAUCCUCGUCGCGCUUGUCUGACCCCCACCAAGGAUAUUAUCGUCACCCUCAAGGGAAUCAGUCAGCUCGCCAUGAUUCAAUAUAUCGAUCACCAAUUACGUAUAACCAAUACAAUUCAGACUGACAAGGAAUACAUCGAUAUCGAUGCUAUCGACCACAAGAGGUUAGUCGCGAACAUGUGCGGCUACAUCGAUGUUCUGAAUUACGAAGGAAAAGUGUUAAACCGAAUAAACCACUACAUCGGUGAAGGAACAGAAGGUCUUCGUGUGAAAUUUCCGUCGUCUCUUAGAACCAGGAAUAAUCUCCUUUAUACAACAGAAGUUCGCUACAACGGAGACAGGAGCCUCGGCUUGCAGUGUAUGAUUUGUUGUGACCUGUUUGGUAAGGCCAUAUUCGUAUAUAAAGGUCCGAAGGAGCCUCUGUUGUUUCCUUGCGGAGUCACCCUCGACAAGUAUGGCAAUAUUUACAUAGCUUGUCGAGUGACCAGCAGAAUUUAUAAAAUAGAACCAAACGGUUCGAUGGAAAGCUUGCUUUUGUCCAAGUCUGACGGAUUAUCUCAACCAUGGUGCAUGUGGGUCACUGAAAACAUGAGGCUUAUCUUUACUGAAUACGAAUCCAGCAUAAUUCGAAUGUUCCAGUUGCCUCCGAAAUAAUUUUAACAUUCAAAUCGAAACCAACUUCGGUCAACCUCCACCAGAUGUGCAAAUUUUAUUCUUUUUCUUUCUUCAUACAAAUACAUUAUUUCUUUCAAUUAUCUGAUUUUAAAAU